UGCGCCAAAUCCAUCAUCCACAGAGACCUGAAGAGCAACAACAUCUUCCUACACGAGGACCUGACCGUGAAGAUAGGAGAUUUCGGCCUGGCCACAGUGAAGUCCCGUUGGAGCGGCUCCCACCAGUUUGAACAGCUCUCUGGCUCCAUCCUGUGGAUGGCCCCAGAGGUCAUCCGUCUGCAGGAUAAGAACCCUUACAGCUUCCAGUCUGACGUCUACGCCUUCGGGAUAGUUCUCUACGAGUUGAUGUCUGGGGCCUUGCCCUACUCCAACAUCAAUAACAGAGACCAGAUAAUCUUCAUGGUGGGUCGGGAUACCUAUAAUCUUCAUGGUGGGUCGGGAUACCUGUCUCCUGACCUCAGUAAGGUGCGCUCCAACUGUCCUAAAGCCAUGAGGAGGCUGAUGGCUGACUGUAUGAAGAAGAAGAGAGAGGAACGACCCCUAUUCCCUCAGAUCCUGGCGUCCAUUGAGCUGCUGGCGCGUUCUUUACCCAAGAUCCACCGCUCCGCAUCGGAACCCUCACUGAACCGAGCCGGGUUCCAGACGGAGGACUUCAGCCUGUACGCCUGCUCCUCCCCCAAAACCCCGAUACAGGGGGAUACG